AAUCAUUUUGAUAUAACUAGCAGGCGUAGCAAUUUCGGAAUCUGUCCUUGUAUGAUGGCGGACGACGAAAAUUUCCACUGGAGAAACCGCAACGCAUAGCCUACCCUGAAUACGGCAAAAGCUGAGCCUGGACGGACUAGCCUACACCUUCGUCAACACAAUCAUACACUCGGGCUCAUGCCGAAAGAUGUCAAGGUUGCAUUUUCGAAAAUAAAGCAGUUUUAGUUGAGAUAAUUUGAAAAUGAAUAACUAAUUUUAUUUCAAAGCUCUAGUUGUGCAGUCACCUUUGGUGUCCGAGGAGGAUUUUGGAGCUCGAGCUAUCCUACUCGCAUGUGCUGCAUCAUUUUGGGAGGUGACACUGUGGCUUGCGGGACUCUGCAAGAGCGGAGACAGAGGACUGAGCAAGACAGGGCUGUUUGUACCUUCAGGCACUGAUCACCAAGAGCCCCAGGAGUGCUGGCCCUGAGCAGUCAGUCAUGAGUGCUCAGGAGGUGCCCGCCAAUCCUGGGCAGGAGCAGGUUGACGUGGGGGGUGGAGUCCCAGAUGGCCCCUCCCCUACCCCGACCACCACCUCCGCCACCCUCGCUGUUCCGGUCACGAUAAAGAAGGAGCCUGGCUUGCAGGGGGCCAGUAACGGGAAAGAUGUGCCUGCCGAGAUCUGUGUUGUCCUUGGUGGUGGAGGAGGAGGAGGAGGAGCAGCAGAAGGAGGAGGAGGAGGAGGAGGAGGAGGAAGGUCGCGCAAUGACCAGACCCAAGGCUCCUACGUUUGCGGGAUAUGUGGGAAGAAAUACAAGUACUACAACUGCUUUCAAACACACGUCCGUGCACACAGAGAGUCCGACAGCAUGCCAGGAGAGGGGGCAACACCAACUCCCAACAAUAGCUUCCGCUACUCCUGUGACAUCUGUGGGAAGAAGUACAAGUACUACAGCUGCUUCCAGGAGCACCGCGACCUGCACGCUGUGGACGACCCAUACGAGCAGGUCGUUCUAGGACCUGUGGAAGACCUCAAGGAGGAGGAACCAGUGGAACCCUUCCAGAAAAUAGGACCAAAAACGGGGAGCUAUGAGUGUGAGUUCUGUGGGAAGCAGUAUAAGUACUUCAACCCAUACCAGGAGCAUGUGGCUCUUCACCAACCAAUGAAUUUCUCCUUUGAUAAUAUGAAGUCGCCUCGAUCCCGUGGAAGUGUGGAUGGAAACAUGGACGUCAGCAAAUACAGUGCCACUAAAUUAGAAACAGACAGUCCCUUUAGUCGGAAAAUGGAGAGCAAAAUCCAGUCCAGCCUGGUGGACACCAACAGUUCCCAGAACUCAAGCGGUACUCCAAGCCCCCUGGUGGCCGGUUCGUUCCCUGCAUCACAGAUCACAAAGUGCUUCACAACAAUCCGGGCCUACAGCCCCCAAAACCCCAAAGACAAGGCGACAGUGGCAGAGACAAAGUCUCUAGAACCCUACACAUGUGGCGCCUGUGGCAUCCCGUUCCAGUUCUACAACAACCUGCUGGAGCACAUGCAGUCCCACGCUGCGGAUAAUGAAAACCACACCAAAGGGGAGUCUCCAAAGACAUCACCGGGCCCAGCCUCACAGGACCAGCUGUGGAGGUCCCCCCAGCCCCAGCCCCAGCAUCAGGCCCAAGCUCAAAUAGUUCAAGUCCAGAUACGGGCUCAGCCCCAGCCCCAGCCUACACAGAGAAACCACUACACCAACCAGAACAGUGGUGGACUACCGGAGAAGGAGAGGCAGCAGGUGGCCGAACGUCUCCUGAGGGUGAUGUGUACAGACCUGGGUGUGCUCAACAUGCUCAAUAGCAAGGACUUCCUGAAGCUGGCCCAGACUCUGGUGGACACGGGCGCCCGCCAUGGUGCCUACUCCACCCGCGAAGCCCUGGGCAACAUGAGCUCGCUGGCCCUGCGCCAGCUUCCCCGCAUGUACAACCAGAUCAAGGUGAAGGUGACCUGCGCCCUGGGCUCAAACUCCUCACUGGGCAUUGCCGUCACCUGCCACUCCCAGACAGUGGGGCCUGACGCCUGCCUAGUGCUGACAGCCUACCAGGUGGAGGGGUCCAGGCUCAAGCGCUACGUUCUAGGCGUCAAGGAGGCAGACCUGAGGGAGGGACCCGAGCAGGUGCACCAGUGGACCCAGAACGUGCUGUCGGAGUUCGUCAUGUCGGACAUCCGCACAGUAUAUGUGACUGAGCCGAGGGUGUCUGCGGCGGGCGGGGGGAGGGUGUGUCUGCGGUGCGCCGGGUGCUCGCUGGGUGUAGUGGUCCAGGCAGUGCUGGGGAAGCGCAGCCUGCAGGCGCGGGGGCUCCACGAAUUGACUGAGCUGCUGGCUGCCUGCCGCGACAUUGCUGCCUCCACCAGCCUCUCGUUGCGCGACGACUCCACCAGCGCCGCCAUGGACGAGGGCACGUCUAACCCCUCCGCUCCCCCCAGGCCUAGCCACACCCCUCCCUGUUGGGACCGCACGGCUGAGGCCCUGCUUCAGGUGCACGCCCACUUUGAGCAGAUCUGUGAGGCAUAUGGGAGGAGCAAGGCCACAGCUUCCACGCUGCAGGGCCUCAACAAACACCUGCUGGGGACGCUGGCCUGCCUGCUGGCCCCCCUGCGCCUGGCCGCCCUGGAGCUCAGCAACCAGAGGAGGCCCACCCUGCAGCAGGUGCUACCUGUCUACCUGCGCCUGGAGAAACUGUUCACCUCCAAGGCUGGGGAGGUGGGGACCGCCAGCAAGCUCUGCCACUACUUCCUGGAAGCCCUGAAGGAGAACUUUAAGGUGGAGAAAGCCCACCAGGUAGCCAUGGUCCUGGAUCCUCAGCUGAAGCUGCGUCCCGUCCCAGCCUACCAGCAUGAGGAGAUCAUCGCCCGUGCCUGCGAGAUGGCCACAGACCCCCGCGACGGGGGGCAAGCCACCGGCGGGGGGUCCGGAGUUGAGGACAUGGAUGGACCCUCAACACCCAAACGGCUUCGCGUGGACGUCCCCGGUGGUGGAGUGAACGCCAGAGGGGUAGUAGCCGUGUCGUCGGAGGCGUCGUCAGAUGAAAGCCAGACCCAGGUGAGACAGGAGGUGUUCCAGUAUCUGGCUGAACCGCUCCUCCAGGGCACCACCCCAGACCUCUUCCACUACUGGAGCACCACGGUGGGCGACCGCUUCCCCAGACUGGCACGCCUAGCACUGUGGCUGCUGGCCGUGCCCGCCGUGGGCGUCCGCAGCGAGUGUGUGAGCGUGUGUGAGCAGAGCCUGGCCAUGAAGAGGAGGCAGCAGGUCACCGCCGAGGAGAUGAACAAACUUGUCUUCCUGCGCUCCAACAUGGCCUGAACAUUACGGUCCGACCACCAACGCUGACCUAACCACGACCUUUCCACCAAUGACUACACAGGCUAUCUACAGAGGGAUAGGGGAGCCCAGAGGGGCCAUACUCGUGAACGUUUGCUUAGACCCAAGGUUUAUACCUGUGGUCUAAAAUGGCUAGCUGCUAGCGUUUCUCAUAGGCCAACCUGGCACAAUUAGCCAUGAUGCUGAGGACGACCAGCUGAGCACGUAAUUAAAUCCUGUAACAGAUUCUGUAUCAGCCAAUUAAAAUAAUUGACGUAGUUGGACGUGAUCCAACACAUUUUCACGAAAGCGUCCUUACCAGAAGUCCACUGGCACGUUCUGAUAAUCAAAGUAACUAGCUAGUUUACAGUGUAGAACGUCUAGUUCCUGACAAUUGUCACAACUUGCAGCGUAGGUUCGAGUCCCCCGUGGCAUGUUUUUAUUUUAUUUUAUCAAACACCCGGACUGGUUGGAUACUGUUCAAGGAGGCGAGGAAUAGGGGGUCUUCUCAAGAUGCUGAUCUGGUUAGUGCCAAAUGCAACAACAAAUAAUUAUCAGCGGUUAAAUGGCUUAAAAUUCAUAGGAUAAAUGACAAGGAUGGUAAAGGUGUUGCAUAUGGUGCUUGCAAGUAACCUCUGUUAUUCGUUGGGCCUUAAAGAUCUCUCUCUGUCUUUCGCUGAUUCACUUCUGACCUAGUCUCGUCCACCAGCCGGCUCUGCCUCUGUCGAACAGUCUGGUUUCACAGCGCCUCAGAACGAGACUUGGCCGGAAGUCUAUGGCAGGAGCAGAUGAAACAACCACUGGUUUUAAUUGGCUGGUCUCUCAGUCCAUCACCAUCUAGCAUAACCUUUAGAACCUCCCCCCUACAUUGCGCGAGCAGCGCAACUGAUUUAAACAAGGAAGUGAGUUCUGAAAGUAUGCAUCUUAGAAAUAGUUUUCACAUAUAAACGUUAUAUGCUGAACUCAGAAUCAACUGGGCUUCCCAAAAUUAAUAUGAUCAAUGUGAUAGAACAUUUAUUUUGAUUGGAGAUUUAGGACAUUUUUCAAAGUCCCAUGUAAUACAGCUGUAGCGGCUCGCUCUACAUCGACAUAUUAUUCAUUUAGCAGACACUCUUAUCCAGAGCGACUUACAGUACUGGGUGUAUACAUUUUCAUACUUUUUUUCAUGCUGGUCCUCCGUGGGAAUCAAACCCCCAGUCCUGGCAUUGCAAGCGCCAUGCUCUACCAACCGAGCUACACAAGACCACAGGACCUCUCCCGCCUUGAUUUUUAACCGCACACUUUUCAAGUCCCACUUUGUUGCACUGUGUUACCAGGCGAGGUUACUUCUGUCCCUAUACGUCAUAGUCAACUUCAUGCCUUUUACAUUGUUAUCAAAUUGCCUUUUCACCAUUUCUUCCAUGGCUUGUAGUUGUCUGACUAUAGUAACUAUUUGAAGGACUAAACUAGGUAUACAUUAGACAACGAUACAAAUCUUUACAUCGUUGGCGCACUCACAUUAUCUGAAUUGACUGCAUAAUCUUGUCACCCUGAAGUCUGCGACCGGUGUGCUCACAUUACACCAGUUUGCUCACAUUGCGACCUGUCUAGACCCCUCCCUGUCCUGCUAUUUCCAGAUGUGUCAUGGCCCACCUCCUACUCUGUUGCUGUAGCCGAGCAACGGAGGACAAGUUGCAAGUCACAUCGUAGCACCCCCCUCACUACACAAGACACGACUGAAAAUUUCUGGCAGAAAAAUUAUCGGGACCUAAAAUGUUGAUCGGCAGAGCGCAAAACCCAUAAUCUCACUUCUUUCAUCCAAUCACAUUAUGUGAAGUACGACGUCUUGGUCAGAGCCUACGACAUCACGAUUUACCUUCGAUCGCAGAAAAUUUGUAGUGGAUCCCAAAUCGUGGCAAAAUCGCAGUUUAUAAUCGUGUAAUGUAUGGCCAGCUUAAGGCGAGUGUGCGCUCCAGUGGUUGUGUAGGGCCUGGGCUCAGAUCCAUUCUGGACAAUGGUGCGAUUAGACUCCACUGUGUUACUGAGUAACUAUACUGAAUGACUUGACGGUAGGGGUGGAUGUGUUUGGGAACUCGUUGGCCUGAUUGCCCCAGGACUGUUAGUGGCAUCUUUCAACUUUUUCUAUGUGAGAUGGUGUCUUUGAGUCUGGUCCUCCCAUUGUCUUUAGCCAUGUUGUUUUUAAAGACAGUCUUUCACUACACCAAACAUCACUUGUCUUUAUGUACUAUGUUUGUCAGUUUCUCAUAUUUAUUAGUCUUUCUUAGACUUCAUUUGUCGUUUGUACUUUUUACAUCAAAGAUAGACCCAUGUGUUAAUUUAUCCAAAAGCAAGUAGUCCAAAGAAACUUACUGGUGUGGCUGUUAUGGUUUCAUGCUUUUAAUUAAUGCACUGGAUUUGUUUGUAUGAUUUCGAUUGAAGGAUUAAAUGUUUUGGCAAUGUAUGUUCAUCCUUCCCCGCACUUGAGUUUUGUCUGUCCUCCAUUCAGUGACACAAGUUCCACUUUCUAAUUUAGGAGUUAAGUGUGUGAAAUCUUUGUUGCCUUUGUACAAACUUGCACAACGUAGUUGGAAUGUGCAUAAUGUCUCAAACGGCUUGACCAAUACUAUAUUGGAAGUGAGUGUCACACACCGAGGUACAUCUUGAUAACAUUCCCAUUCAAGUAUAGAUAGUUCAGACUUAACUUUCCUCUGUCCAAAGCAAUGGUGUGCUUUUUUACCUCAAGUUCUAUGACUGAAGGACAUACAGUAAAGGCUCUGGUCUGUCCGACAUGAUGAUUUUGGAUCUGUCCAAUAUGAUAAAAUAGUAAGUGUAGCAUAUAGAUAAUGGAACUGAAAUUGAUGUUUUAGUUUUUGUGUUCUUUUUUAGAGCAGCUGUAGUGAAGGGAUUUUACCUGUAGAUCUUAAAUUAGGAUUUCAAGCAGAAAAUGAUCCUGGACAUGCAGUCAGUCGUUGAUGUGGCUAUCUCCAAUACUACUACUACUAUUGCCUCAUAUACUUUCUUUGGUAAGAUUAGAAUUAUUACAAGAUAUGCAUGUAAUCAAUAUUAGAGUACUGAUCUAUUCUAUCAUAUAAGCCAGUGUGUUUCUUCUAAGACGGAACAGUUUCAGGGGGUUAGAAGUUGCUCAUAGGCACAGAUCUAAAGAUCUGCUUAACCUCCCCAAGUCCUAGCUUUAAACAUUAGGGGCAAAGGCACAAAACUGACUUUAGCUCAGAGUCUAAGGGCAACUUCGUUGUACUCCUUUCAGGGGUGGCAGUAUGUAAAUACAAGAUAACUGCUGUUUUAUUCCACUAGAGGGAGCAAGUGUUGCAGAAAUGGGUAGCACCGUUGAUAACACCAUACCUCUUUUUAUAAACUAGCAUUUCAAAGGUUUUGAUACACACAACUCAAGCUAAAUACUGUUAUAGAGAACUACAUUAAAAAAAUAAAAUAAUAUUGCUGCUAACUUAUGACUUCGCAGAAACACAGGUCUCGUUCUUUUUCCAGUGGGUGUGUUGAAAGAAGAUGCUAAUGUUAACUGUAAAUACAAGAUGGCUAACAUGAAUACUCUUUCCCUCUCGUUCAGAAUUUGACUAUUCUCAAUUCUAACAGAGCAUUAAUGUUGUGUUUAUCUUAUUUUAUGGAGAAUUGUCAUUCUUUGUAAUUUUUAUACUCUGCUGGGCUGCAAAAAAUUUAUUUCAUGUUGCUUAUUUUGAUUCCAUAAUUUGUCUUUUUAUCACGCUUUGGCAGAUAGUUUUUUGGAUUUGAGUUGUCUUAUCGGUAGGCCUAAUUUAUACUUUUGUAGUGACACUAUUUUUAUACUACUGAUAGGAUCAAGAGUCUUUUGUCAGAUGUGACAGCGCUGUACAAUGUUUUGAAAUACAUUACCCACUGUAGUAUGUGCUGUGUGAAUAAACUGGCUGAAAUGAA